UUUAAAACAUUUUCAACUUGCAAAUAGUAACCGAUAUUUUACUGUACACGUUUGCAGAAUAAGCAAAACUUGUGAAAACUGUGAAUUUAUUGAUAAGUUUUCAGCUUUAUUCAAUUUAAUUCAGUUGCUGUAAUAUGAAGUGUUGCUUCAUUAUAAUCUGCUGUUUGUUAUUUGCUGUAGGACUAUCUGCGGUGAUAGAAAAUCAAACAAACAACCCAGCUUCUUUACCAAAUUCCUUUUUUGAUAUUGUAAAAGAAAUUCCCAGGGAAAAGGUUACCGAGAUCGCUAAGGACCAUCUCCAAAAUGACGAAGGUUUCAAGUCUGCUAUCAAAUACAUGAAAAGUGCUGAAUGGAAAAAGCUGAUAGAGACAAUAAAGGUAAAACCAGAAUGGGUAAAUCUUAAGGCUUUUAUGACUUCUUUUGGUGUCCCAAUAGACACAAUAAUCAAGUGCGCUGAAAAAUUUGUACAAAAUGUGACCAUUACAGACGUACCUGAAGAUACUCCCAGAAACUUAACAUCUUUUAUUCGUGACGUUGAAAAAGUCAUUCAACCUGCCGCCAUUUUGAUCAAAAUAACCAAACUACAAAAGAAUCCUCAGAUGGCGGGACUAAUUCAACAAAUAAAGACUCCUGAAACGAAGGCCAAGUUUGAUGAAGUCCUUCAUAUUCCAGAGAUUCAAACGGUUUUGGAUGAGUUGAAGAAGAUGGGGCUAUGUUUGUACAACCUGAUUUCGCUGAUGUACUACUUUUUUGGUUGGGGAGAGUUUAAGCAAUAAUUUUUAAGUAUACAUUUUUGUUAAACUGUUUGAUUUCAUGUUCUAUUUAAAUUUGUUAUGCAUGCUUUAGAUUAUAAACAUGUUUAUAAUAAAGUUUUUGAUACA